GCUAAGGCGCCAACUUACUUAGGUCCAGCUUCAUUCAACGCCCAGGCGUCGACCCCAUCACAGCUGCUACGAUGUAGUAGCUGCAAAACAGUUCUAAAUGGCAUCUUUCAUACCCUACACGUACAUACAGUGUCCUUGCCAUGAUUCCACGGCUCAAAGCCGAAAUGCCGACGAUGCACUCGCGGCGACUUCGCAUGAAUUAAGUGAAGAAGACGACGACGACGGCCACGCCUUCGAUCCGCGCGCCCCUCAUUCUAAUUUCAAUCUUUACCCUCUCGAAUAUCUCCUCUACUGCGAUGUCUGUCACCAAAUUCGCUGCCCGCGGUGUGUCUCGGAGGAACUCGUGACCAUAUACUGCCCCAGUUGUCUGUUUGAGGUAGGAAGUAGCAGUGUGAAGACGGAAGGGAACCGGUGUACGCGCAGUUGCUUCCAAUGUCCUAUAUGCAUAGGCCCCUUAGCCGUCCAGGCUCUUGAGUCUGCUCCAGAUCCCGCGCUUUCUUCGUCUGACAAUCCAACGUCCCCCAUCUCACACGGCUCGUGGGUUUUAACUUGCUCGUACUGUCAAUGGAGCUCGUCAGAGAUAGGCGUCAAGUUCGACAAGCCACAGGGAAUCUUUAGCCAGCUACAGAAAAUUCGUUACGGAGAAGAGCAGGCCAAACACAUCGUGAGCGGAGAUACUUCACCGAUCAAAACCGAAUCGAUACCAGAAACGAACAAAGCGAGAUUCGCGGCGCUGAAGUCUUUCUAUGGCUCUCAGACGGUCAGUGCUAAUCCCAGCGCUGGCCUUUCCGGCCUUGGGGACUAUGGGCUUAGCUCGCCUGGCGCCUUGUCCCGUAUUAUGAGCAUCUACUCUGGGAAUAAUAUGAAUGGCCUAAAGCAAAAGAAUAAACCCACAGUAAUACGAGAAGCAGAUUCGCCUAAUGAGGGAUUCAGGCUCAGCAAUCUAGAUGAAAAUUCGGCAAUAUCGCAGCUACGACGGGAUGGAUGGGACGGCACAGCUACCAGCGCCCAAGUCAGGGCUCAGGUAGAAGAAGGUGCUCAAUUUGCGGACCAGUUAUGGCCCAUCCCAUAUCUACUACGCACAAAGCGAUCAAAACGUUGUCCCGUCUGUCGUCACAUUAUCAGCAAGCCUGAAUCCAAGGUGAGCAACACGCGCUGGCGGAUCAAAUUGGUUGCCAACAACUCGAUACCGUCCAUCUCGAUUAAGCCACUUUCUCCACCGCCGGGCUCCGGUCUUCUCAAGCCCCUACAACCCGCGCAAUUCCUCCUGACGUUCAAAAACCCCCUCUUUGAUGAUGUCAAAGUCACACUUGCAACGCCGGCUACAACACCCGGUCGUUUCGCAUCUAGGGUCACAGUGCUCUGUCCUGAAUUCAGUAUUGAUGCCAAUCCAGAUAACGACAUGUAUCUAGACGACGUCCUCAAAGAUGGAGAAAAGGAGCGUCAACAACAAAGGGCAGAUGAAAGCUCACACCAGGCGGAAGCGGGAAAAGUCUGGGAGCGAGGACGUAAUUGGGUUAGCAUUGUGGUGGAAGUGAUACCUGCAUCCCUUCGUAUAGAGCCGCCUCCUGCAAUAUUGCGAAAAGAAGGCGACCCGGAGCCGGAUCUCAGCCCACUGAGGGAGGAUGAAGACAUCUUGGAGAUCCCCAUGUUUGUACGGUUGGAAUGGGAAGGUGAGGCCUCGCAUGACCAGGUUGGUACAGGGACGAGUAGGGACAAGGAUACGAGAGAAAAGAGGGAGCUGGCGUAUUGGUGUGCCAUUGGAAUUGGCCGCAUCAGUCAGGAAUAGACAAAAUUUACGAUACCCUAGAGUUACGAGAGAAUGAUAGCACGGAACAGAUCAAGAACAGAUGUGGGCUCAGAAACGAAGCUUGUCCAUUGAAUUCACAAGCUACCAGUCAGAACGCCGUGCCUUUUUAAUGCCCAUGAGAACCCCUAGAUGAUAUCAUUCAUCAUUGUAGCACAUUCCUGCACCACGUGAAAUGGUGAAUCGUUGCCCUAUCCUUUCCCUGUUCGUCUCCUACCUCUGACUAACCCUAGUACUCAGAGGAACCGGACUGAGGGAACUCGAAGGUA